AUGGCGGCGGCGGCGCAGAAGGGUAGGAAGAACGACGACGACCUGAAGACGUCAUGGCCGGAGCUGGUGGGCGCGCCGGGGCAGUACGCGCAGGCCAUGAUCCACAAGGACCGACCGGACGUGCAGAUCAUGUUUCGGCCUGUGGGUACGCCGGUGCCGCCGGGCUACGACGACAAGCGCGUCCUCGUCUUCGUCUACAAUGACUACAACAGCAAGGUCGCCGUCACCCCCGUCGUCGGCUAG